AUGGGGAUUUUGUAUGAUGAUGCAGUGAUAAUCAGGCAAUCAGAGAUAGAAGGGGAACCCAGUAUAAUAACUGUAAAUUGUACAGACAAGACUGGUUUGGGCUGUGAUCUUUGCCGCAUAAUCCUCUUCUUUGAGCUUACUGUUGUCAGAAUUGAUGUAUCUACGGAUGGAAAAUGGUGCUAUUUAGUAUUUUGGGUUAUUGGAAAACCGAGUACAAGAUGGGGUUUAUUGAAGAAGAGAUUGUUGGAUGCAUGCCCUUCUUGUUUCUUGGCUUCUGAUAUUCCGUAUUACAGGGAUCAAUUGCAGCAGUCAAGGCCUCCGGAUGUGUUCCUUUUGAAGUUCUGUUGCCAUGAUAGGAGAGGCCUUUUGCACGAUGUGACAAAGGUCCUAUGCGAACUUGAGCUUACGAUAAAGAGAGUUAAGGUUUCAACCACUCCAGACGAGAAAGUGAUGGAUCUCUUCUUCAUUACCGACACAAGGGAACUUUUACACACAAAGAAGAGACAGGAAGACACAUAUGACCAUUUAAAAGCUGUUCUUGGGGAUGCUAUAAUUAGUUGUGAUAUAGAAAUGGUGGGCACUGAAACUACUGCAUGUCCACAAGCUCCAUCAUUUCUUCCUGAUGAAUUUACUGAAGAGAUGUUUAACGUGGACACACCCGAUGAAUGCCAAAUUGGAUCUGUGGCUUUCAGAACUCCAUCCAUCAUGAUGGAUAAUUUGUUGAGUCCUGCUCACACGCUUGUCCAAAUUGUUUGUCAGGAUCACAAAGGCCUCCUAUAUGAUAUAAUGCGAACUUUGAAGGAUUAUAACAUCCAGAUUUCUUAUGGGCGAUUGACAAGGAUAGAGAACACAGAAUCUGAGCUGGAAUUAUUUAUCAUGCAAGCGGACGGUAACAAAAUAGUUGACUCAAGCAAACAGAAUGCAUUGUGUUCUCGUCUUCGAAUGGAACUAAGUCGUCCUCUUAGAGUAGCAGUCAUCAGCCGUGGCCCUGAUACUGAAUUGCUAGUUGCAAACCCUGUAGAGUUAUCGGGAAAGGGACGUCCCUUGGUUUUCCACGAUAUCACUCUUGCUCUCAAGAUGCUCAACAGUGUCAUUUUCUCGGCUGAAAUUGGGAGGUAUAUGAUUGGAGAUAGGGAGUGGGAAGUAUACAGAGUUUUACUUGAUGAAGGCAAUGGUUUAUCCGUCUCAAGGGAAGAGAUUGAGCAGGCCGUCUGGAAGAUGCUGAUGAGUUGGGAGUGA